AUGCUUGUCAUUAAGAACUUCCUCCUUACCCUCAUCUUUCUUGGUGUUGCUGUGGCUGGGCCUGCAGUUCCGAUUCAGGCUCUUGAAGUCCGCCAGGACAAAAAGCUCCCAAGCUGCGAUGAUAAAUCUCAAAGCUACAAUGGACCGUAUGCCGACAACUCAGGCACCUACGUGACCUCAGACAAGGUCACCCAUCCGUACAGAUUCCCCUUGAUCCGCAAAUGCUGGUGGGACUAUUUCGUCGUUGAAACUGCUGUCGAACUCACCCCCUGGCAGAAGGCUACCGGCGACAUAUUUUGCACUGACAGUGAGCGCUGCGUCGCGACCAAGAUGUCCGGAAAAUCGGUCUGCCAAGAACGAUCUGAAAGUGUUAGUGCAAAUGUCGGAGUCGCCAUCGAAGGCUUCAGUCUUGGGCUGGAUUUCACAGUGACAAAGUCGGAAUCACGCUGUGUUACAGCCGAUGACUCUACUGCUUGUUCGUGGAAUGACAGGCAGUGUCAUACAAUUUGGACUCAGCAGCAGAUUCUGAGACAGAAGGGUUACCGGCGUCAACGUUGCAAUUGGGGCAAGGGAGACGAGACUCAGUGUAUGGGUAAUUGGGAGCAGACUACACCUUCAGACUUGAUUAAUUAUGGCUGCGGCUCCCAGUGCACCGAUACUAAUAAUUGUGGUCACACCGACGGAACCCCAUGUCCUUGA